UGAUUGGCAUUCUAAAGCUGCACCAAAAAGAGUACCCAGAUUCCUGUUAGUUGUUGGUGAUAUUUACUUUUCGGGAUUUUGGAGAAGAAAUUUAAUAUACUUCCCGUUUAAGAAUUGUAAUGGCUAAAUUAGGGUUUGCAUUUGGGGCUGUGGUUUGUGUGAUGAUGUUUUUGCAAAAAGGUGAGGGCACUCAAUUCAUAGUUGGAGGAGCAAAGGGAUGGAGUGUUUCAAUGGCACAAACUUAUAAUCAAUGGGCAGAAGCAAACAGGUUUCAAAUUGGAGACUCUUUAGUUUUCAACUAUGAUGGUGGCCAAGACUCAGUGCUUCAAGUAACACAAGAUGACUACACUAAUUGCAAUAUUCAAUCUCCAAUUAAACAAUAUUCUGGAGGCCAUUCCGUUUUCCAAUUUGACAAAUCUGGGCCUUACUAUUUCAUCAGUGGAAACAAAGACAAUUGCCUAAGAAAUGAGAAGCUUGUGGUGAUUGUGUUGGCUGAUAGAAGCAAUUCAAAUUCUAAUCAAACCACCACUUCUCCAAUCUCUGCUCCAUCUCCAUCUCCAUCUCCAUCUCCAUCUCCCCCAAAUUCUACUGAGCCAACACCUUCUCCUGCACCGGCAAAUGAUCAAACGGGUGCGCCUUCUCCCCCUCCGUCAGGGUCAACUGAAAUCAACCCAUCUACACCACCUGCUGAGGAAAUCAAUCCAUCUCCUCCAACUACUGGGGUAGAGUCUCCAUCUCCAUCUGCAGGGACUGUUGAGAUUAACCCAGCACCUCCUGUAUCAGGGCCACCACCAAGUGUCGGAUACUCGAUCAUCUCGGGUAGCUUUGGCUCCAUUGGAGCGUUUGUUGCAGCUGUUUUCUUAUCUUUCUAAGUACAUAGAUCUAUUCUUUUAAAUCUUUGUAAAUGGUAUAUUUACCUUCUCAAAACAAAUAUUUGGUGGCUUCGUGUAUACAAAAAUGAGCAAGUCAAUGUAUUUUCUACUGUGAGAAUUCUCUAUGUUUUUAACAGUCAAUCAAUUCAACCA